AUGACCGACUGGGCCAAGCUCAAGGUCGUUGACCUCAAAGCCGAGCUCAAGAAUCGCGAUCUUCCGCAACACGGUCUCAAGGCUGACCUUAUCGCGCGACUAGAAGAAGCCGACCAAGAGACAGCAGAAAAGGGGUCCCAAGAAGAAGUUGAAGAUGUGCCCGAAGAUGCGCCCGCGACUAAUGAAUUUGGAGGCGACGAGCCGUCAGCUGGAGAACCAGCUGUCGCGAAACCAGAGCCCCAAGACGCGACCAACGAACCUGAAGUUGUAGACGAGAAGCCAGAUGAAGAUAUGGCAGAGACAGAAGAGAAUAAGAAAGAGACGGAUGAGACUGCUACGCCAAUUGCCGACGAGGAGCCAAGUAAAGGGGUUGAGAGUGGAGAUCAAGAUAAAGAUAAAGAGCAGGAGGUCACCAAGAACGGAACAUCGAAAGAGGCAUCUCAGGAGGCAAUUACGGUAGUGGAUGUGCCAAGCACUGGCAACGAAGUUGACCCCCAAUCGCGGGACCCAACAGUGGAGGAGAAAUCAAGAACGGGAACAGUGACCACCACUGUCGACUCUACGCCCUCACAUUCUCUCGAACCAACACCUGCUGCCGAGCAGCAAAAACGGAAACGCCGCUCUCUCACACCACCUCCCACUGAAGAUUCAAUUGCACGAAAGCGCGCCCGCACAGAAGAGAUUCCCGAUCAAGAUGACAAUUUAGGCUCGCGCCAGGAGGAUCUACUGCCUGAAACUGCAAACGAGUCUGCGCCGAUGAACAUCGACAACGAACCUCAAACAGAAAAUCUUAAGAACGAAACCUCGCAAGAUCUUGUUGCCCCAGAGCCUGAAGCCAUUGCAGAGGAACAUUCCAAAGAGAACAGCGACAAACAGCAGGACAUGGAUUACGAGCGGGACGUUGCGCCUGCGCUGCACCCAGCAACUUCUGCGCUUUACAUCAAGAACUUUAUGCGUCCUCUUAGGCCCCAGGAUGUCAAGUCCUAUCUUAUUGAGCUCGCGACACACCCUCGCGAUUCUUUCGACGACGGUAUCGUCGUAGAAUUUUUCCUCGACCAAAUCCGCACCCACAGCUUUGCUAUUUUCAAAACCACUGCUGCUGCCUCACGCGUUCGCACAGCACUCCACGACACUGUUUGGCCCAAUGAGAGCAACCGCAAGCCCCUAUGGGUUGACUUUGUUCCCACUGAAAAGGUUCGCGACUGGAUCGAUACCGAACAAGCCAAUGGUGGCUCACGUGGACGUUCCGGCGCGAGAUGGGAAGUUAUAUAUGAUGAUGGGCCUGAUGGCGUGAUCGAGGCUCAUCUCGAAGAAGCCACAUCUGGUACAGGUCCUCAACCAGGCGCAAGACCACACACUGGGCCCGCAACGGCCACUGACUCUAUUCCCGUUGGCCCCAGGGCACUGCGCGAUCCUGCCAUUCCCACAGGUCCUCGUCCUGUCCGCCCAGGGACCGGCCCUGGCCCUCGACCCCCGCCCCUUAACCCAGGUGGCGCUUCUAAGAGGACUAAUGCUCAUCCUGCCAUCUAUUAUCAACCUGUAUCUGAAGAUCUCGCCCGCCGUCGCAUUGACAACAUGCGCUCAUAUUACACAAGCAAACGUGAUCGGGAUUUUGGGCGCGAGAUCAACCGGUACUCAUUCGAGAAUGGCACAUCGUUCGUUGAUAGAGGUAAGGAAGUGUUUGAAGGCAUUCGUCCUCCUCAUCGUGAACGAGGAGGUAUGGGUCGCGAGCGCCGUGGAGGAAGACGUCGACGUGGCGGCGGUGGAGGUGGUGGUCGACCACGCAGUGAUCGUUACCUUCCUCCUCCGAGGGAUGAUCGCCGCCCCCGUCGUGGCUCCGUAUCCGAUGAUGGGGAUACUCGUAUGAGAGAUUGA